AUGUAUGAGUUUGCAAAUGAGAAAAUAAGAGGAUUAAAUGGAUCUAAAAUAAUUAGAUAAGACAAAACAAAAUAUAGAAGUCAUAACUUUUUUUCUGUGAAUCCUCAUGUUCGAAUGUUGAGUCAAUUAUUCUAGAAAAGCCCAUAUUUAACACAGUUUAAAGAGAUGCUCUUUUUAAGUCUUUAGUAGAUUUACCUAAGAACUUCAUUAAUACUAACUGUUUUAUAAUGGAUGCAACCGCCAAUCUUUUGUAACUCAUAGAAAAAGCGAGAUCAAUAAUAUUUAAAAAUUAUUCAAUAUGCUCAAUAAACUAGGUAAUUAGGAAUAGUGCCAGAAUAAAUAUAUAUAAUUGAGAUAGAGAGGUUUCUUAAAGUAUUAUAAAAUGACAACAAAGAAAUUUCUUUGAAAAUACUAUACGAAUUGUGUUCUGCCAUGAAUUGCAUCAUAAGAGGCAAAUAGGAAUUUGUUUUAUAUGACAAAUUUUUUGCCUAUUUAUUCCACCAAUUUAAUUCAGGAUAUGAUUAUGUUUAGUAGUCUAUUCAAUAGCGAGAAUAUCUGAAAAAAUAAAAGGAAGAGUAAAGGCUGGGUAAAUUAAAUUAGCAUGGUUUAAGAAGAGUAGGAUAAAUAUCAAUUUUAAAGAAUGAAUUUUAUUUAGAAGAAUAGCAAAGUGAUGGAAUGAGUAAUAUUCAGUAAUUGUUAACCGUCGAUUCAUAAUUGAAGCUUCCAAAUUCUAGAUUAUUCUCAGGAAAAUUAUCAUAAUAAGUCUAAAAUGCUGAAGUAGCAAUUCAAGAUCUAUAAAAAGAAGUAAAGGAUUAUUACAAUAUGUAUGCGGAGUAUUUUUAUGAUUCUGUAAAAAACCUGAUACAAUUCAAAGGGGGGGAUGAGUCAUUAAAUUAUAAGUUUCUUGGAUUGAAAUUCAAUUUGAAGGAGAUGUUAUCUCUAAAUGCGGUCUAUCAAAAUGAAGAAAAUGGCACCAAAUUAUAAUUGCGUCAAUAUCAAUUGGUAUCGGGGUUAAAUGAAAAGUAGAAUUCUUUAACCAAAUAUUUGACAUAUCAAUCAAUGUUUAAUAAUAAGGAGGAUCAAGUUGAAAAUCUAUAGGAGUUCCUUAGACAAAGUCCUCCUUUAUCUCCUCAUUAAUCAAAUAUACAUAUCAAAACUGAAACUGUGCAUCAAUAGACUCAUAGCAAUGAGGAUAUUAGGGUUGAGUAUGAAGAUGCAAACUAAAAUGAAUAUGAUAACGAAUAUGGUGUGCUAUUAGAUUUUACAUAAUUUGAUUCUCAAACGACUGUCUAAUAUCAAGUGUACUCAGUUAAUAGUGAAUGUAUAGCAGGAAUAAAAAUUACAUUCCCAGAAGAGUCAAGUAGUUUUCGAUUGAUUGAAUUUCCAUGCAUUGAACCACAAGAAGGAGGUUAUGAUUGUCAUACAUAUCAAUUCAAACCUUUAUCAAAUAUAAAAGGAUGUCAAGUUGAAUUGGUUUAGAUGACGCCAAGCAAGAGAUUCAUCAAAAAUUUCAUUUUAUUGGUCUAAGACUCAGAUAACCCUUAAGAUCCAAACAAACUAAAGUUUUUUAAGUUUGACUUCUAAAAAAAUUAAGAAAUGGGAGAUAUUUAAAAUUUACAUGAUCAGAUAAUGCCUUACUUUAAUGAUGACUGGAGAAAAUCAAAAUUUCCCUUAUAUGUUAAUUUUCUCUAUAGUCAUCUCCCGUAGGCUUAGCAAUAAUUGAUCGAAAAACAACUAAAAAAAAUAACUUUCGCUAUAAAUAGUAUGUUUCCAUAUGUUGAAUACUUAGAAAAUAAAAAGAAACUAAUUAAUCCGAAUGUGUUUGAGAUGUAUGUAUAAGAAUUAGGUAGAUAUAAAAAUAGGGAUCAGUAUUAGAGAACUGUAUUUAUUCAGAUCGAAAAUUGGCAAUAAAUUCAAUAAGAGAGAAUCAUUGAUAGCAUACUCGAUAACAUCAUUAUUUUUAUUUGGAAUGGGGGAUUUGAGAAUAGAAAAUUAUAGUGA